CAAGUUCAGUCUGAGAGGAGAAGAGGACUGACAAGAAGUUUAUCCUGAAGAUAAAGCUCUUCAUUUUGCAUUUUUGCAGCCUCCAUCCACACUGCCGUCCAGACUGGAGUAUGGUCUGCCGUCCCUGUCAUCCCUGCCGCUGAUGCAGGCCGUCACCAUGAUCUCCCAGUACCCUCUGGCCACCUUCCUGCCCUGGCCGGCAGGGCCCAGCCAGCACUGCCUUGACCUGGACUGCAGCUUACUGCUGGAGGGGGAAGGAGGUGUCGCCCUGCAGAGGUACCAGCCUCGUUCCCCGGAGAGCAGCCCACGCCACUGGAGCUCGGUGCAGGACUGGGGGGAGGAAGUCGAGGAAGGAGCCAUCUACAACGUGACACUGAAGAGGGUUCAGAUUCAACAGGCGGCCAACAAGGGAGCAAGAUGGCUGGGGGCGGAGGGCGAUCGCCUGCCUCCCGGCCACACGGUGAGCCAGCUGGAAACCUGUAAAAUCCGAAGCAUCCGUGCCGGAACGCUGGAGCGUCUGGUGGAGACGUUAUUGACAGCGUUCGGAGACAACGACCUCACCUACACCUCCAUCUUCCUCUCCACCUACAGAGCCUUCGCCAGCACACAGACUGUGCUGCAGCUACUGCUAGACAGAUAUGGAUGUGUGGAAGAAAACGAACAUAAUGCAGACAGAUGCCAAAGCUCUGAAACCAAUGGAGCCAUUAAAAAUGCCUUGGCUUCGAUCCUGCGUGCCUGGCUGGACCAGUGUCCCGAAGACUUCCAGGAGCCUCCAGACUACCCAUGUCUCCACAGGCUGAUGGACUACCUGCGCAAAGCUCUCCCAGGUUCAGAGGCUCUCAGACGGGCGGAGGGUCUCCUGGAGCAGCUGCAGGGUCAAGCCAGCAUGGACGACACAGAGGCUGGUUUCCACGGCAACAGCUCUUUCUGCCUGGGGGAAGAGGAGGAAGUGGAGAUUGAGGUGCAGGAGGACUUUCUGUCAUUUGAAGCCGACCUUGUGGCUGAGCAGCUCACCUACAUGGAUGCGCUGCUGUUCAAAAAAGUCGUACCCCACCACUGCCUGGGCUCCAUCUGGUCUCAGAGGGACAAGAAGCACAACAAGCACAGCGCUCCCACCAUUCGCGCCACCAUCACCCAGUUCAACGCUGUCGCCGCCUGCGUGGUCAGCACGGUGCUGAAACACCGACAGAUCCGACCCCACGUCAGAGCGCGGGUCAUCCAGCGCUGGAUAGACAUCGCUCAGGAGUGUCGAAUACGCAAAAACUUCUCAUCCCUGCGAGCCAUUGUGUCGGCGCUGCAGUCCAAUCCUCUGUACCGGCUGAAGAGAGUUUGGGCCUGCGUGCACAAAGACAGUAUGCAGACGUUUGAGGAACUCUCGGACAUUUUCUCCGACCACAACAACUACCUGACCAGCAGGGAGCUACUCAUGAGGGAAGGCACUUCAAAGUUUGCCAGUCUGGAGAGUUGUGCCAAGGAGCACCAGAAACGAACCCACAAGAGGCUGCAGCUGCAGAAGGAAAUGGGAGCGAUGCAAGGAACGAUACCCUACUUGGGGACUUUCCUCACUGACCUGACCAUGCUGGACACGGCGCUGCCCGACUUGAUCGAGGGUGGUCUGAUCAACUUUGAGAAGAGACGCAGGGAGUUUGAGGUGAUCGCUCAGAUCAAGCUGCUCCAGUCGGCCUGUAACAGCUACUGUCUGACUGCGGAUCCGGCUUUCCUGCGCUGGUUUAAGAGCCAGACUCAGCUCAGCGAGGAAGAAAGCUACGCCUUGUCCUGUGAGAUUGAAGGUCUCGGCGACGGCAGCCCAACUUUACAAAAACCUCGGAAAAGCAUGGUGAAGAGACUCAGCCUGCUGUUCCUUGGAACAGACAGUAAUUCAGCCAGUUCUCCAGUCAGAGAGACGCCACGUUCGCCUCCUACUGGCAGCUCAGGGGAGAGCAUGGACUCGGUCAGCGUGUCCUCCAGCGACUCCAGCAGCCCUUCAGACAGCGAAGGACUCGCAACCCCGACUCACAACUCCGACUCCCAGCAAAACAAGCUAUCAGAAUCCUCUUCCUGUACUUCACUCCACUCCAUGGACACCAGCUCAUCGACAGCCAGCGUCUCCAUGACUCCCGCCUCACCCCCCCUCCCCGGACCUCUCUGCACUCACAGACGCUCCGUCUCCCUCACUCCUCUGUCUCCCAGCUCGCCCAGUCAAACCCCGGCGUACAACAUGCAGGCCCAGGACGCGUGCAUCAUACGAGUCAGCCUGGAGCAGGGCAACGGGAACCUGUACAAGAGCAUACUGCUGACCAAUCAAGACAAGACGCCGGCUGUUAUUUCUAGAGCCAUGGCGAAGCAUAACCUGGAGGUGGAGCCUGAGGAAGGCUACGAGUUGGUGCAGGUCAUCUCUGAGGAAAGAGAGCUGGUGAUUCCAGACAACGCUAACGUCUUCUACGCCAUGAACACCUCGGCUAACUUCGACUUCCUGCUGCGGGUGCGAGGCUCGGCGGGUCGGCCGGUGCAGCUGCGUAGCCGGUGUAGCUCCACACUCCCUCGCACCCAGCACCGCUCCAGCCUGUCGCUCAGACUCAGCAAAGUCACACUGUGACCCUGGACUGCAGUGAAGCAGCAGUCUGCCCUCACACCACUAACAGGUUCAACACAGGCCUGGAUGGUGGACGGAUGGAUAGAAGAAAACGGCUCCAGAUGAUUCCAGACGGAUCAGAACGAGCUCUCGGACUCUGUUUGACUCUGAACUGUGCCAUCCCUUCGCCCAGCCUUAACAUGGAACAUUAAUGUGUAGUGCGACUGCUGUGAUUGACUUGUGAUGCCUGUGACGGAGUGAAACAGCGACCCCAAGUGGCCUUCACUCUUUACAACAACAGAGUUUAUUUGCACAUGUUGUGGGAGCAGCCAAACUCCUGACCUCGACAGUAUUCUGAACUUUUUGUCCUGUGAUGUCUGUGUAGCUGAAGCUUUACUUUUCAUGGCUGGCGGACUAGAAGGAGAAGCUGCCUUUCUUUGCCUUUAUUAAUGAACAAAUGGACCUCCUAGCAGUAUUCUGAAUGAUAUUAACAAAUUGACAGGAGCUGUGAUGUCAUUAUUUCCCCCCGUCAGACGUCUUUUACCAGCUAUGUCUUGCUAGUGCACAGUUUGCACAGUGUGUGUGUCCUGGGCCCCCUCUCAUAUUGUGAGCUGUGUGACGAAUGCAGCAUUGGCGUGCAUUCUGAUUGGUUCCAGUACUUGGUUUUAUCAAGUCCUCGACAAAUAUAGAAAUGGCCUUACCUGCCCUGUCUUUAGGGUGUACAGAUGCAAUACGGGCUGCUUUCUGCUCCAGGAAGAUGCUCCUUUAAACCUGGAAAAAAUAAGAAAAUAAAAUUGUAUAAGAAAAGAGAAGAUGAGUGUAUCUUACUGGAAUGGAAAGCAUCGUGUAUCUCAGACUGAUGCGUAUUUGUACCUCUUUGCCCUUCAUUAUAUGAACUAUAGAGUUGCACUUGUCAGUUGGUAGCAGAUGCCAAUGGGAUGUGAAUAUGGAAGAGGUUUACUCCCUCUUCACUAAAUGCUAUUUUUGUUUGUAAUUGUUGCUUUUUAUAUGUUUUUUUUGUAACACAAUUCAGGCCAGAAAUGACUGGAUAGUGAGAGAGGAAUUUUUAACAUCAGUGUUAAUUAAUUCACAGUGUCAUAAAAAGAGAGAGAGAGAGAGGGAGAAAAGCCAGUGCCAGAUUUUACUGUGAUACAUUUCAUUUCAUUAUACGCUCAAAAGCCAAGACACCUCUUCACGCUGUAAACUCCCAUCUGUUUGGCUCAUCUUCUCGUUUCCAAAAACCAUCAUAGCUUCACAGCAACGGACAUUUUUACCAACAAACCUUCAUAUUUUCAGUAUCUUCUUUCUGUUUCAGAUCCUGCAUGUUAGUAAAACCAGUUAAUGCGCCUUGUUAAUAUUGCAGGACUGGGAGCAGUGGUUCACUUUAGCACUAAUGCUAAUGACCCUCUGGGCCCAAUCAUGUUUCUCCAUGCAGCACCUCACUUUAAACUGUUCUCAUACAUCACUUCCUGUUCUCCACUGCCAAAGACUCUUACUCUACCUGAAUGAAUAAAUUAUUAUCAUUAUUAUUA